AACGCGGAGGCGGCCCACCUGAAUAAGAUCCGCAAGGAGCAGCGAUAUUGCUCCCCGCUUGCGCGCGACAAGCUCAGGGCCGAGGAGGCGGCCGCGCAGGCGCAGGCGCAGGCGCAGCUGCCGGGCGCCGAGGAUGCGCCCGCGCAGGAGGCGCCCCCCACGAGCCGGACGCAGCAGGAGCGGAAGCGGCUCCUGGCCGAGGCCCGGCAGCGCGCGGAGCUCGUCGGGCAGGCGGUGCAGCCAGCGUUCCAGGCGCCUGGAGCGAAGCCAAAGGCGGAGGAGACGCAGGCAACGGGCCGGGCGGCGGACCCGCUGCUCGACGCGCAAGCGCGACAGCCCAUCGAGGGGGAGCCCGACGACGACGAGCGGCAGCCGAACCCCGUCGACAAGGCGGCUGCCCCCCUGGGCGACCAGGACCAGGCCGGCGUCCAGCAGAAGGCCCCUUUUGUCCAGCCGCAGCCCCAGCAUUUGGACGAUUUGCCCGUCAUCGUAACGAGCAAGAUGCCGAGGAAGUCGAUGAGCCAGGUCGGGGCCAUGUUACAUGGCGGUGGCGUGAUGGGCGAGGACGGCGGCGAUGACGGGGGCGACAUCAGGAGCAGAAAGGCGCAGUCCAGCGCAGGCCCCAGCUCCAAGCGGGAUCAGAAGGGAGACGACUUCGACUUGUUUGACGACGACUUCGACGACGGCCUGGGCCCGAAGCGGAAGUGAGCACGCGGCCGAGAACUCCGUCGCGACCGCCUGGGGCCCGAAACAUACGGUUGAUUCGUGCCGUGUCGACGCGACGACGACCCCAGCGCGGGCGCUGAGGGUUGAGUGGCGCCAGUGGCUCACUGUCGGCCAAUAUGGCACUAUCUACCGGAAAAAACAAGCCUGCCAGGGCAUUGAUUGUCAUCAGGCCAGCCGGUGUGCAGGCCGGCUCUAGCGGUACCUUUGUGCCGCACGGCCAUGGAGGAUUGCGUGGGCGACCGUAGGCUUGACGCGGUGUAGUUGGGGCUGUUGUUUCCCCGGCUCCGCGAGAGUGCGCUCCAGCGGGGUUCCUUGCGGGCUCGCCCACGACCUAUGCGCCGGCUGUCUGGCUGGCAGAACCUCUUUCCUGCAACCCUCGGCAACCUCGUCGCUGGGGCCAUCAUCAUCGCCUGCAGUCUCCGCGAGCAGUUCUGCAGCAGGAGGUGAGAAUUGCGUGCUGGCUGCGGGUGGAGUCCGCGAGAGCGCGCCCCGUGGCCCAAGCCGACAGAAGUCAGGAGAGGAAAAAACACAGACACAAUUAAU